AUGUCUUACCAACCAACAAUUAGCAAGUUCUUUGUUACAGCCCGAAAGCCUUCACAUUCGAAAUUUGAGAACAGUAAAUCAGAGGAAACAGAGAGGCAGGCUAAAAUACCUUUUCAUGAUUUGCAUGAAAUCGAAACAGUUGCAGAAUCAGACGAGCCUUCAACGAGGCUGCCUUCUAAUUCGAUUCCGCCGCAAAACUUCAAUCACAGAUUUUCAAGCAUUUCCAAAAAGAUGACAGACGGUCACACAGUUGCUUCAGCGCCUUCAACCCGUGAACUACAAUCGAUCCAAGCAAAUGCUAUUCAAUUAAAACCUCAAGACAAGGGAUCGCAAACGUUUGCAAAUAAGUUGCAAUCAAUUCUUCAGAAAAGAGACUACGGAAAAAUGACCCCCAAUAAAGAAUUUACGCAAGACGACACUAGCAAUGAACCUGCAUCAAAAAAAUCAAAAAGCUCCUCUAAACUAACGCCUCUAGACCAGCAGGUUAAAGAUUUGAAGCUCGCUAACAUGGAUAAAAUCUUGGCAAUCAGAGUUGGCUAUAAGUAUAAGUUUUUUGCUAUGGAUGCUGUUGUAGUGAGUAAAAUUCUACAAAUAAUGCUAAUAAAGGGAAAACUCACCUUAGAUGACUCCAAUCCAGACGAUCAUCUAUACCGACAGCUAGCUUAUUGCAGCAUUCCGGAUAAUAGACUUGAAGUUCACCUCCAACGUUUGCUUCACCACAACUUAAAAGUUGGAGUGGUAGAGCAAAAUGAAACGCAGGCUAUAAAGAAGAGCAGUGGUAACACAAGCGGCGUUUUUCAAAGAUCUGUUAGCAAAGUUUUCACUCGUGCAACAUAUGAUGUCAACGAAACAUUCCAAUCUGGUUCUGAAACUUCAAGCACUGGACGAAGUACAAUCUGGGCCUUAAAGUGUCACCAAACCAGAGACGAGUAUCAUUAUUGGCUGCUGUCUGUGCAACUAAACACGGGAGAAAUUAUUUACGACAGCUUCUCUGAAGAAAAAGGACUGAUGAUUGAGUUUGAAAAGCGUGUUUCAUAUCUUAACCCCAUUGAAAUAGUCACUGAAACGCCCCUACCUGAAAAAGUGUUAAAGCUUUUAUCCAAGUAUAAUCACGGUAUUAACGUAAACAUCAGGGAGGCUUCUCUUGAAGAUGAAAGUGUACAGGUCUCACCAGAUGCUCUAAAUUUUUCGUUUGAUCUAGAAAGAGUGGCCUCAGUAUUACGCUCUUAUUUAAAAUCUUACGAUACUGAGCAGGUAAUGGACUUGGCCACAAACUACCAUCCCUUUGAGGAAAAAUCACACAUGAUACUAUCACCAAAUACAUUAGAGAGCUUGGAAAUAUUUGAAAAUAAAACGGAUAAAAGCGAAAGAGGCUCUCUUUUCUGGUUACUGGAUCAUACCAGAACCCCAUUUGGAUCUGAAAAGCUUAAAAAUUGGCUAUCUCGGCCAUUAGUUAAUGAAGAUUACAUUAACGAAAGAUUAGAUGCGGUAGAAUGUAUCAGGAAGGAGAUUAGAAAGGUAUUUAUGGAGGGAUUAAGUACAAUGCUUCGAGAAACGCCCGACUUUUUGCGUAUCUUGAACAGAAUCUACUAUGGCCAGACUUCACGAAGGGAAGUAUUUUUUUUCUUAAGGCAUCUCGAUAAAAUUGCCAAACAUUUUCUCGCUCAUCGCAAUUAUGUCGAGGACGAGAUUCUAUCAACACAGGGUGGUAUUUUCAAGAGUUCAAAACUCCUGGCAUCAAUUUUUUGUAGCCUCGAUAACCGAUUGAGAAAUUUCGACAUACCCAAACUCCUCAACAUGAUAAAUGUUGUUGCGGUUCUGGACAAGGAUAAAGAGAAACAAUGCAUCGAAUUUUUCAAUUUGAAUAAUUACGAUAAUUCUGAAGUCAUUAUCAAAAAGCUCCGAGAUAUUCAAGAUAUCAAAGACGACUUACAAAAGGAGUUGGAACGCAUAAGAAAGACCCUCAAUAGACCAAAAUUCACUUUUCGAGAUGAAAACGAGUAUCUCAUCGAAGUCCGAAAUUCACAGAUUUCUCAUUUACCAAAAGAGUGGGUUAAAGUCAACUGCACCAAAGCCUUAAGUAGAUUUCGUACUCCUGAAACAACGAAAUUAGUCGAGCAAUUGGAGUUACAAAGGAACUUAUUGGUGAUAGUCACCGAAGAUGAAUACAGAAAAUUCCUAGGACGCAUUAAGACUGACUAUGAAAACUUAAGGCAAAUCAUAGAUGAUUUGGCAUCUUUUGAUUGCAUCUUAUCCCUAGCAGCAACUUCUAUGAAUAAAAACUACACGAGGCCAAUUUUCAAAAAGGGAAAGCGUUUUAUAAAAGUCAAAAACGGAAGGAAUCCCAUCAUUGAAUGCUUAGAUGUAAAUUAUGUUCCAAAUGACGUGGAAAUGUUUGAAGACAACAAUAAAGUAAUGGUCAUAACAGGGCCCAACAUGGGCGGAAAAUCUUCUUACAUCAGACAGGUUGCCUUAACAGUCAUUCUUGCUCAAAUUGGCUCAUUCGUACCCGCGGAACGUGCUGAUCUUUCGGUUUUUGAUAGCGUUUUCACACGAAUUGGAGCUCAUGACAAUAUCCUUCGAGGGGAAUCAACUUUCAUGGUAGAAAUGUUGGAAAUGUUAGAAAUUGUUAACAAAAGCAAGCCGAAUUCUCUUCUUCUUUUGGACGAGGUUGGUAGAGGAACUGGAACUACAGACGGCGUGAGCAUAUCUUAUGCAAUUCUGAAGUAUUUUCUUGAUCUUGAAUCGGAAUGCCCUUUUAUCUUGUUCAUUACGCACUAUCCCAUUUUAGGGGAAAUUACAUCCAAACUGCUAGAAAAUUAUCAUAUGUCAUAUAUUGAGGAAAGAAAGCCUGGUGAAAACUGGCCAAGCGUUAUAUUGCUGUAUGAGCUUCGCAGAGGACCAACGCAUAGCUCUUAUGGCCUGAAUGUUGCACGACUCGCAAAUAUCUCAACUGAAAUUAUAAACCGUGCCUAUUGUAUUUCAGAAAAUUUCAAGAAUCAAAUGGAAUGUGGGAGAGGCUUACACUUUGUUCAAGAGUUCAAAAGGAUAAUGUUAGCAAAUCAGCGUAACGAAGAAAAAGUCUUUAAACUUUUGAAACUAUGUAACUCUCAACAGUCCUUUUAA